AUGGAUGCUGAAAACCUUUAAGAUAGGGUAGUAGAGAUUGAUGAAUAGUGGAAAAGGUUAAGAAAUUUGAUAAGUUCAAUUCAAUUAUACUUAUAUAUAUAAUUGAUCAUUGUCAUAAGUUCUCUAUCAUUACCUUGGUUGUAUGAAUGUUAAAAAAAAUCAAUUUUUUAUUUAAUUUCGAGAUUAUUGCAAUACUCAUUCCACUUAUUUAGUAUUAUCAAAAUAAAAAAAAGUGUAGAAAUAAUAUAUGAAGACAUUAGAUAAUUAGUCCAAAUAUUUAAUUAAUAAGUAAAUAUUUGGUCUGCAGUUAUAAGUAAUCAUGAAGGAUUAAAAAAAUGCAAUGAAUUGAUUUAUAUAAUAAUGUUUAUUGUAGGAAAUGCAGUGUUUCUGUAAAAUAAUCUAUUGUUAAGUAAAUGGAUUUUAGUUAUUUAAUUAAUUAUUGGAUGGAUUGCAGUAGGAUUAACAGAUCUUGUAUUAUUUUUUAUUUGUUUGAUGCUGCCUUGUUUAAUAUGUAGAAUUAAUAGAUAAAGACAAGAACAAAUAAACAGAGCAGAUCUUCUAAUAGGAACUUAAAUCAAAUACUCUGAUUUAGAUAGUCCAAACACUCAGCCUUGCUAUAUUUGUUUAUAAAAUUAUUCCAAUGAUGAUCUUAUUGUUAAAUUAAGCUGCAAUCCUAAUCAUGUGUUUCAUUCAAAUUGUAUUCAGCCUUGGGCUCAAAUACAUGAUACAUGUCCAGUUUGUAGAUAAAGAUUUUAGUAAUAAUGA